AUGGGUCAUGCUCAAUGGACACGAGCUCCCAAGUCUACACGAUCUACCAAAUCCAACUCGGACGAGUUUCGGGUGAACUUUGUCUUGCCAGACGAGCUACCGGCUAAUCAUUUUAUCGGAAACAUUCCCACCCAGCUUCCCAGUUUUCCUUUGGGUGGCAACCUGGACUUGUCUGUGAGUACAACCAUUAUCGACGCACUUGGUAUUGCUCCACGGCUUUUGCGGGUGUCAGAUUCUGGUGAUCUGUACACAUUAAUUCCCAUUGACAGAGACGAUCCCGACCAGAUUUGUGGACCACUACAAUGCUGCCGCCUUAUGGUAUGUAACCUUACACUCACUGUUUUGUUUGUCCACCCAAGACUGGAUACAGUCACUGUUGGUGUAAACUUACAACUACAUGAUUCUAACGACAAUCCACCCACAUUCGCGCAACAGACAUUCGCCUUGUGGAUGCCGGAAGAUAAUAGUCUAAUAUUUCAAAAAAGUUCAGUUGGUUCAAAGACUUCCAGAUCAUUACAUCCAUUGCCCCGUGCUCAUGAUGCUGACUCCGAUCCAAAUGGACUAGUAGGCUAUCGAUUAGCUGGUACUUAUGCAGCAAAAACAACAUUUCAGCUAAUUAGCAAUCUCUCUUCCGGUCAGCUUAGUAUUGGCGUACGACCUGAAGCAGUUUUGGAUUAUGAUCGAGCAGCGGAUCGAAUAUUCAAAUUAACCGUGGAGGCCAUGGAUGGUGGUCAACCACCACGCACGGGACAGCUUUUGUUACUCAUUCACAUAACGGAUUUGAAUGACAAUGUUCCACUUUUCGACAAAGAGAGUGAUUCAAUAAACAUAGCUGAGAAUACGUUAUAUGAAGAUCCCAUUUACGUAGUCCACGCAACAGAUGCCGAUUCUGAAGAUAAUGCCUUGAUUCGAUACAGCAUGGGACCAGGUUAUGUCAGUGUGCCCAAUUCUAUUUUGAAACAUUUCAGUUUGCAUCCUGCAACAGGUGAACUACAUUUGCGCCAGAUGUUUGACUAUGAACAAUAUGAACAGAGAAAUGUGGAGCUACGAUUGACGGCGCAUGAUGCCGGUGAUCCCCCAUUGUCAUCUUCAAUGCUAUUGACUAUUCGCGUGCACGAUGUGAAUGACAAUCCACCUCAACUGAUAGUCCAGCACAAUCGUACUAUCAUUGAAAAUAGUGAACCUAACCAGCUGGCCCUGCGCCUGAUGGUGCGUGAUUUCGAUGAGGUUUCCAGAUCAGCUGUUUUUUGUGAACCAGAGGCAAAUCAGCGUAUGUCGCCUUUGCGGUUCGAGAAAUCUGAAGAUGGUACAAUCAUGAAUUUGUUCACUCGGACGACACUUGACUAUGAGGUACAGUCGCGAUUAAGUUACACUAUAACAUGCGUGGACAGUGCAGAGCCGAGACAGGUACGACGCUUCAAUUUGACUGUCGCCAUCAGAGAUGAAAAUGACAAUGCACCCAAAUUCAGAUUUCUGCCACCACAUACAGAAGGGCAGUUUAAUGUAACAAUCAGCGAAGCGGAACCUGUAAAUUCCAUUAUACUAACCGUAACCGCGGAGGACGAAGACAGCGGAGAAAAUGCCAGAAUUGCAUAUAGUUUGUACGAAUUGAGAGGCAAAGAUACACACUCAUUAACACAAGCGAACAGCUCCCCUUCAACAUUCAAGGAAUACUUUAGAAUCAGUAAGGACACAGGGAGUCUAUUUUUGAUUAAGCGGCUCGAUUAUGAACUGAUUAAUCAAAUGGAUUUUGGCGUGCGUGCCAUGGAUAAUCCUCGCGGGUCAGACAACGAACGCAAAACAGCCAGUGCACAGAUACACAUUACCAUUUUGAACGUCAACGAUAAUCCACCAGUUCUGAUCAGUCCUAGUCAUUUCACCGUGGUGGAACACCUUCCGAUUGGAACUAAGGUCGGCUUUGUACAAUUCGUCGACGUAGAUAAUGGUAAUGACGCAAAGGUUGAGGUACGCGGUCUACUUCCGAACAGAAAGCACCAUGUCACAUCAGCUCUUAGCAAGCCAGACGGAGAAAGACGAGCAUAUGCUGCUGACUACUUUAAACUAACAUCGGGAAAUCAAAUUGUCACUACCCGACCCAUCGAUCGGGAGGAAGCCUCCCAGUUCCUACUGUACAUACUAGCUGUAGAUAAUGGGCAUCCCGUGCGCCUUUCUGCUACAGCAACCAUUACUGUUGACGUGAUUGAUAUAAACGAUCACAAACCAGUUAUACGUCACCCAGAAAGCGGAUCGGUUGUCAUCUAUCAACCGAUUCGUCUAAGUCGUCUGGAUAAGGCAACUCUUUAUAAGAUUAAUGACUCGCACGUGGUGUCAGAGGUUACUCCUCUCUCAAAGGUACAUUUACAAAGACGUUUCGGGGGGUUUUCCGCACUUUCCAAUUACGUAACGACUCCAGUUGUCCAGCAGAUUCAGGCAGAUGAUGCUGAUAAUGGAGAAAAUGCACGAAUCGCCUACACCAUGUUGGGAAAGUGCAAUGCAUCUAAGUUUUUUCAUAUCGAGAAAAACACAGGAAUCAUACGCUUUCGGUUGCAAGCAUCCCAUGAUAGUCCAAAUAGAGAUGGUGCCCUCUACAACAAUCAGUGGAUUCCUUCCCCAGGCACCUACUUAUUUUGUAUCCAGCUUUCGGACCACGGCGAGCCAACUUUAACAAGCAAUGCCCAAUUUUUCUUGAAAGUUAGGGAGCCCGUGGAACCAAACUUGUCCAUAGCACAAUGGCCAUCAGAUGCUGCCAAUUUAGAGUCGCAAGACUCACAUGAUUACUUUGUUAGCGGACAGAAGCAUACCGCAAACAGAAGUUACUAUGGAGGAUUAAUCAGCCCAGCAAACUCUACUGGUCUUAUGAAACAAGUGAAAAGUGGUUCGGAUAUUAACUUAAGCAACUUGGUUAUAUCUAUGUUGUUGGCCAUUUUUGCUGUAACUCUGGUGUGCGCACUGAUUGCAGCUAUCCUUUGGGCUCAUUCGAAACAUCGCAGACGUCACUCUACCACGAAGUCUACGAACAGACAUUUAGCUACCACGGGCCAUACAGAGACUUCCAAAUGGUUGGUCAGUGAUGAACAAAUUAAUUCCAAUGAAAUACAUUCCCCAGUUACUGUACAACGAAAGGACCGAUUGAGCAGUUCUUCGGAAAUGGGAGUCAUCCAAGAAUGUGAGGUUGAAGAUAAACUGUUACCGAUUGAUGAACAAAUUAAUUCCUGUUCAGAUCUAAGCCCGGUUAACGUUAUUUUAUGUUCUAAAAGUCAGCAUGCUAUUCAAGGCAGAGACUCUGGAUCAUUAAGUCUUCCACGUGGAAAUCACAAAGAAACAUAUGGAUUCCAAACUAUUUCCUCACUCUGCGACCUGAUUCCAGCAGCGGACAAAACGAAGGCAGAGAAUGCAAAAAUGUAUGUUUCAAGCCCACAAACUGUCUGCACGGGAUCAGUACUCCAACAAUCUCAUACAUGCUGCAAAUCUGGUGCCGUAGAUAUUAAAUUCCAGCCUAAAUGUACUUACGUUGGAAUAAACUUCACGAAGUCAUACCCUUUGGAACCUAGUUUGGCAUCAACAUCCUGUGGAACGACUAACUACAGUAAGAUGCCUUAUUCGGUAAGUCGUUGA